GGAGGUCGCUGCCCCAAGACCGACCCCCGUCUGUUUUCCUUCUCUUCUCCUGUGCUGCUUCUUAAACAUCUGCAGAGGGGGACGAUGCAGCAGCCUCUGUUUUUCUUCUCUUCUCCGCCAGCCUUGCUUGGGAAAUCUGCACAGCAGCACGCCAUUGAGGAAGAAGUUGCAGUUCGGCUUUGCUCUUCAUCGGGACUGCCAAUUAAUCCUUUCUCCAGGCCAUCUGUUGCCUCUACUCGGGAAACAAGUCUCACGCUGAAAGCAGUAGCUGGUAGCUUUAACUUCUUUUUCUCAACUGUCAUUCCCAACUUCCCAAGAAUUCCAAGCAUGCUCAAAAUGCGAGAUGAAUGGGCGUAUAAGCCCCAUGAAUUUUCAUUUGGUCCCUGGCACUUCCACGAACCAAAGCUGAUGUUGGCUACAGAACAAUUCAAAGAGAUGCUUUUCGAAGGACUAAUUCAGCGCUUAGUUGAACGCCAACAUGUAAAUGUUGAAGUAGACAUGUCGGUGGGUAUCAGAGAAAUAUUGAAAAAUGCCAGGUCGGACAAAAAAAGGGAAUUGGAAGAAGCCAUCAAAGCGGUGGGGAGCAAGGCUCGUGAAUGUUACGAGGGAGACACUAAUGUUACUCAAGAGGAAUUCCAUAAACUCUUGUUACUUGAUGGUUGCUUUGUUAUCGAGCUGUGCCGGAAGGGAGCUGGAGAGGUAUCUAUACAGGAAAGUGAGUAUAAACUCUUCUCAAGUGGUAUGAUUCUGACUAUUUAUCAUGAUCUAUUUUUGCUAGAAAACCAAAUACCUUGGUUUAUACUUGAGCACUUGUUUGACAAGACCAGAGGCCCCGAAAGCAGAAUGACUUUGGUUGAACUUGCUAUCACAUUCAUCCGUUCGGCAUUCUCACUUGAUGAUGAUCAACAUCCGAUAACAAAAGAGCUUCUUGCCAGUGGCUCAAGCAUCGUUCAUAUCGUUGAUCUUACAGGACGUUAUUUGGGUUCCUCAGCAAAAAAGAGAAAAGAACAGCAGCCGAAGCAGUCGCAAUCCAGGAUUAAUUGGGGAUGUUGUUUGGGUUCCUCAGCAAAAGAGAGAAAAGAACAGCGGCAGAAGUAGUCGCAAUCCAGGAUUAAUUGGGGAUGUUAUUUGGGUUGCUUUGCAGAUGAGAGAAAAAAACAUGAGUCGCAAUCCCUGAUUAAUUCUAUUCCUUGUGCCACUAGACUUAGAGAGGCAGGAGUCAAAUUUGUAAGAGUACUUAAAGAAAGAAACAUAUUGGAUGUAA